AGAUGUCAUCUUCCACCUCAACAUCUUCCAGCCUGCCUGAGAUGUCAUCUUCCACCUCUUCCAUUCUAGGUCUUCACUCUCUAGCUUCUGCUUGAUUCCACAUUCUGAACCCAUUUGCACCGGGGACCACUACCUUCCCUUCCAGUAAUCUCUCAAGGUUGUCUGCUUUCCUUUGGCCCUGAUUGCCAGCCCCACUAAUUCUGCUGGAGAUGGAAGCACCCACCCUCUCCGAAACCUUUAAGCUUCCUCCUGAUCUCCCUCAAGAGUGUUGGGACCCUAGGAUGAUCAUCGCCUUAUUUGAAAUUGGAUCAAUAUCCCUUCUCUUCUGGAGUUCUCUCUUUUCCCUAAAAAAGAACAACAGUCAAGCAUCUGAACAACUGACUACACAAAGGCUUGAAGACGUCUUAAGCAACAUUGAAGGUAUCCUUAGAAAUGUAACGGGUUUGGAAAAGACCACAGGCACAAAUGAAUCUUUGGAGGCCACCCAGGCUUCCGACGAUGACAUGCUGAACCUUGAAGAGAAACUCAGGGGACUUGACAAAAUCAACAAGAUGCUAUUUAAAAGUCUGCUUGCAACUUUAGACCCAGAGAAAUGCCAGAGUCCCAAGAACCAGGAAAACAUACCUGAAAACCAGGACUCAACGGACGUGGUACCGGUUUUUACAGUGGAGUUGGUAGAUCACGCUGAAGAAGAAAAGGACCUCGAUGGAACUAAAGGAAGUGAAAAGAAGACAAAGUGUGGAUUACCCCAGAAUCAGGAAAAAAAUCUCAAACUCAGGGACAGCAUGGAUCAGUUACUACAGAAAGCUGAAUGCUGGAGCGAACAGCACUCUGAGCUCAGUGGACUACUCAAAUCCUAUCAGAAGUCUCAGCACGACAUCAGGGAACUUUUUAAGAAUACGGAAGUGCAUUUCGAAACCCCAUCAAAUAAUAAGGUGUCCACUACUCAAGAGAUGGAGGAACAAGUGAGGGAAUUGGAACAUGAAACGCAUUCAUUGCAUCUGACGGCAGCUUUACUGGAGAAUGAGUGCCAGAUCUUACAGCACAGAGUCGGGCUGCUCAACAAACUCCAUCUGAACAAAGAGCGAGCUCAGACAGAGGAGGAAAAAGACCAGGAAGAGCAGAAACCAGCGGAAGCCGAACAAGUGAUCGCUCUUAAGCAGAAGCCAAAAGACAGGGAGGUUACUCAUCAGAAAAGCAACAACUUUUCCACCUGGCUGGAUGUUGGUCAUAAUAAGAAAGCUCGCAACAACCGGCUCAACAUUCAUAUUGCAAAAAGAGGUCUUUUGGGAAGAAAGAGGUCAGCCAACAGACUAAGAUAGAAAAUACCAAAAGUAAAAGAAGAGACAGUUCUUCAAAGGCCGGUACACAUUCCACUCCAGGCACAACCAAUCGUCAAACCCAGGAUAGAUCUGUUGGAUUAGCCAAAGAAAGAGCUCUAGGAUAGGAGGAUUAGCACCAUAUGCAUCCCUGUAGUUACUCUGUUAAUCUGGCCUUGAAUUAGCAUUGGUGCCAAUAUUAAGUUCAUAGCUUGUCACUUUGACAAUAUGCUCGUUUGUAGUGGUUCAUGGAAGUCCUGUAACACUUAAAUGAGAACUUAGAAGUUGUAAGACCCAACUCAGUGAAUAUUUAAAUAAAAAUCAA